GACAGGAAGGUUUAUAUUGUGUAUAUGGGUGACCUUCCAUCUGAGAGUGAAUAUACUCCAAUGUCUCACCACCAAAAUAUUCUUCAAGAUAUUCUAGAUGGAAAUUCAGUGCAGGACACAUUAGUUCACAGUUACAAAAGGAGCUUUAAUGGAUUUUCCGCAAAACUCACUGAAAAAGAAGUUGAAAAGCUCUCUGGUAUGGAUGGAAUAGUAUCAAUCUUUCCAAAUCGAAUCUAUCAACUUCAAACUACUAGGUCUUGGGAUUUUAUAGGACUUCCUGAGGAUGUGAAACGAAUGCCUACCGUUGAAAGUGACACCAUAAUUGGUCUUCUCGAUACUGGGAUAUGGCCAGAGUCGGAAAGUUUCUCUGAUGUUGGUUUUGGUCCUCCUCCUAAGAAGUGGAAGGGUGUCUGUGAUGGUGGUCACAAUUUUACCUGCAACAACAAGCUCAUUGGGGCAAGAUAUUAUAAUCACACACCAGGCAAUAUAGAAUCUGCCAGGGACACACAAGGCCAUGGUACUCACACUUCUUCAACUGCAGCGGGAAAUAUUGUUAAGGGUGCUGGCUUCUAUGAAAUCGCAAAAGGAAAUGCCAGGGGAGCAGUUCCCUCGGCCAGGAUCGCCGCUUAUAAAGUCUGUUUCGCUAUGGGUUGCACAUCAGAUGCAAUUUUGGCAGGAUUUGAUGAUGCAAUUUCCGAUGGCGUUGACAUUCUUUCAGUGUCACUUGGUGGUACUGAACCAGCUAGCUUUGAGACUGACCCUGUUGCCAUCGGGUCUUUCCAUGCUAUGAAGAAAGGCGUACUCACUUCACAUUCGGCAGGUAACAGUGGACCUCAAUCACAGACAGUGUCCAGUAACGCACCUUGGUUAUUAACAGUGGCGGCAAGUAGUACUGAUCGACGGGUCAUAGACAAAAUCGUCUUAGGAAAUGGAAAGACGAUUCAGGGUCUUGGAGUGAACGGUUUCAAGCUGCCUGGAAAUCGAUUCCCGCUUCUGCAUGGAUAUAAUGUUUCAACCAUAUGUACUCCUUUGACAGCAACUGCUUGCGAUAAAGGGUGUUUGGACAAAGACUUGGUUAAGGGGAAAAUUGUCAUAUGUGAUACACACAUAGCAUCUGAGCCUUUUACAUCGGGAGCUCUAGGAACCAUCUUGAUUUCGGAUCCUGCACACACACGGUUUGAUGUGUCUUCAGUUUAUCCAUUACCAGCUGCUCUAAUAAACACUACGAAUGGUGACCUUCUCAAGUCUUAUUUCAGGUCUACCCGUAUAUUAUUAGUUUUAACGUCUUUUAUUAAUUUCAACAGAAACCCAAUAGCCACCAUUUUGCGAACUGAAUCAAUAAAAGAUUUUGAAGCUCCUGUUGUAGCUUCGUUUUCUUCUCGCGGACCAAACCAAAUCUCACCAGACAUUAUCAAGCCGGAUAUUAGUGCACCUGGAGUUAAUAUAUUGGCUGCGUACUCACCCGUGGCUAGUCCUUCAGACACUGUGGGUGAUACUAGGUCAGUGAAGUACAAUAUUAUCUCUGGGACAUCGAUGGCGUGCCCUCAUGCAACGGGAGCAGCAGCUUACGUUAAAACACACCAUCCUGAUUGGUCUCCUUCGGCUAUAAAGUCCGCUCUAAUGACCACAGCUUUCGCGAUGAACAAUACGAAGAAUUCUGGUGCAGAAUUUGCUUAUGGGUCUGGUCAAAUUGAUCCGGUGAAGGCUCUAAAUCCUGGUCUAGUUUAUGAUGCACAUGCAGAUGACUACGUCCAAUAUUUAUGUGGUAUGGGUUACGACUCGUCCAAAGUGAAGCUCAUUACAAACAGUACCUGUCCCGGCGGAAGAACUACACCCGAUCAACCUAGGAAUCUGAAUUAUCCUUCAUUUGGUGCUCAUGUCGAAGAGGGAAAAAAGAUCAACUUAAAGUUUACAAGAACUGUGACCAACGUAGACACCACAAGUUCAACGUAUAAGGUGAAGAUUACAUCGGAUGACAGAAUUACGGUUGCAGUGGAACCUCAAGUUCUUUCUUUCAAGUCAUUGAACGAGAACAAGUCGUUUGUGGUAACCGUUGUUGGAGAUGCAUUCGGUCCAGAUGAAAUGGCAACUGCAUCACUGGUGUGGUCUGAUGAGGGUCACAUUGUGAGAAGUCCAAUUGUUGUAUAUUCGCAGGCUAUUCUCUGA